AUGGAUACCGAAUACAAGCGCAAGCGGGUUGCCAAAGCCUGUCAGAGAUGCAGGUCCAUGAAGUCAAAGUGCGACGGGCAACGACCGGCAUGCGGUAGAUGUCGGGGCUACGGGUAUGCCUGCUCCUACCGGCUCCAGCGCCCCCGACUGCGAGCUGGAACGGAUGAUCGCACCAGUCAUAGCAUAUCCGAGAGACUACCGGACUUGUGCGAUGCAAUACACGAACAGGAAAGAUUGCUAGUCCAUGCCAUUUCUCUCCUUCCGCCUGGUCCGGAAAAGGAAGCACUCCAGCUGAAGAGCUCAAGUAUCAAAUGGCAGCUUGAUAACGCCAUCUCCAGCACGGAGACUGAAGUUUCACCAAAUGCAGUGGCUGGCGAAUCUCGUAGCAAAUCACCCUCUGGCGGUGUUGAUCGGUCUCCGGGCUACUUGGGCGAGGUUAGCGACAUUCGGUUUGUCAAUGUUGUGAAAAAAUUUCUGCAAACCCAAGAUGGAACAGCAAUGAUGCAAAAAGAUUUCGAAAGCUAUGACCAAGGAGAGAAUUUGAUAUCUUCUAACAAGGCCUCUUGUCCGAUCAUCUUGCUGCCUACCUUUGAGGAGGCGAAACAUUAUAUUAAUGCUUAUUUUACAACCAUUCAUAUCGCUUAUCCCUUUAUCCCAGAGAUACCUUUCAUACAGCAUUAUAAGACACUCAGCGACUAUGCCGCUCCCCAGGCCCAGAGCUGUAACAAUAACAUUGAAACAGCGCUAUCAUAUACAAUAUGCGCUAUUGGCGCCUAUUAUAGGACCUUGCCGGGGAAAGAAGAAUCUGCAGAUUCGCUAAAUGAGAAAUUGUACUCAUAUGCUUUGGCAUUAGCGCCAGCUUCCAACAUGGAGCGUUCACUCGCUCAGGUGUCACUCCUUUUAGCAAGAUGUUUUUACCUCCUGGUCGUGUGCAGGACAGAAAGCUGUUGGACUAUACUUGGUCAAGCCGUCCGUGUGGCCCAAAGCAUCGGACUACACAUAGAAGGCGAGGACUCAGGCCAUACACAACCCAGCCAUUCCCCAGAGGUCGAAAAGCGACGCCGCGUGUGGUAUUCCGUCUAUGUGUUGGAUCGGCUUCUUUCCCUACAGCUUGGUCGGCCUCCAGCCAUCCACGAUGAUGAUUUCAAUGUUCCAUUGCCAGACCGAGCUGGUGAUUCCGAGAUUGACUGGACUGGCGAAGUGGUCGAAAAAAGAACUGGUGGCAGUCCAUCAUCAGGAGACUAUUUCCUCGCGGUAAUUGCAUUCUCGGGGAUUGUUGGCCGAGUUCUUCGGAGCCUAUAUUGCCCCAGGCGUAGCCAUUUUACUUCCGAAGAUCUGCUUAGCACGAAGGAUCUCGAUCGGCAACUCAUAGACUGGAAGCUGGCCCUCCCGAGAGCCCUCCGUUUCGAUUUAGGCCAUACAUUUGAGCAAUUACCUAUUUUGAAGACGCAGCGAAACAUGUUGGCUAUAAAGUUUCACCAUCUUAGGGCCCUCAUCUACCGCCCGUAUCUCUGCCAUCCGCUUCUGAUGCACCUUGGCAAUCCCAAUGCAACCAUUAGCCAGUUAGAUUGGCCACCGAUACGCGCUUACGAGAGAGCAUGUAUUUCGGAAGCACGAGAGACAGCACGGUUGCUGCAUGGCAUCUCCAGCAAAGAGGAGCUUGUUCAUGGAUUCCCAUGGUGGCAGAUGAUAUCAUGUUUAGUAUGCGCCAGCUCAAUCUUGCUUGUGUCUAGCAUGUUUGCGGAAUCAACGCUUGAACUGUCAUCUGAAUUUGAUACCGCUGGCUUGUCUGACGAUGCAGAGACAUGCCUUACGGUUUUUGAUGCCCUUAGCAUAAACUCUCCAGGGGCGAGGAUCGCUCGAGAUAUGAUGAAGGCUCUGAAAGAGUGUGGUGCGAGGUGGAAAGACGAUAGUAAUGGCACCCCCAGAUAUAUUCAGGAGGGUACAAAAGCACUUGAUAAUCCUUCAAGCUUCCAGAGUCAGCUACCUCAUCCAAAUGUGAUGGUAACUCCAUCAUGUACCGGCGAUUACAUGCAGCACUUGUCUUUAUCUGGCAGCCUGAUGCCAACAAACUCUAGUUGGCCAGCGGAAAUUGUUGACUCAAUGGCAUGGUCAGCGCAGUUCUUUGACUUUGGUCACGGAAGAUCAAGCUAUAUGGAAUGUUUGGAGCAAGAAGAGCAUGAAAGCAAUAAUAGUUUUUAA